GUGGCGGCACGAACGGAUGCUGACAAGAAGGGGGGUCACCUAGCCAUCAUGAAGGACAAGGGCGGCCUCACCCUUCGCGAGUCCGCACAGUGUCCGAAAGAGGACGAGGCAGCAUUCCAGGACGUCACCAAGUACACCUAUUUCAACACGAACAAUCUUUGGGUUCACCUGGGGAAGCUGAAAGAGCUCUUUGAGAAGAGUGGUGGGGCACUGCCUCUACCCGUCAUGAAGAAUGACAAAACCGUUGACCCCCGAGACAAGAAGUCAACAAAGGUAGUGCAACUGGAAACCGCCAUGGGUGCUGCUAUUUCCUGCUUCGAUGGAGCACAAGCCAUCAAGAUCCCAAGGACACGAUUUGCCCCCGUGAAGAAGUGCGAGGACCUUCUUGCCCUUCGGUCAGAUGCGUACACUCUUACAGAGGACUUUCGCAUUGAGCUAGUUCCAGAGCGUGGCGGAGUUCCACCACUGAUCAAGCUGGAUGAUGCUUACAAGUUUGUGGAUGCUCUCGACACUCUUAUUCCCAAUGGAGUCCCCUCCCUGAAAGAGUGCGUUUCUCUGAAGGUUGAAGGAAAGGUGGAGUUCGCCAAUGGUGUUGUGGUCAAGGGCAAGGUUACCAUCAAAAAUUCCAGCGACGAGAAGAAGAUCGUGCCCGCAAAGGUAUACCAAGACGAGACGGUCGAGCUUUGA